AUGCCGUUGCCCCCGGGUGUCUACCGCGCGGACCAGGUGGGGUCCUUUCUCCGGCCGGAAGCCGUCCUCGCCGCUCGUCAGAAGGCCGCCGAUGGCAACAUCUCGCCUGCGCAAUUACGAGAUGUCGAGGACGAGCACAUCGCCGCCGUCGUGCAGCAAGAGAUUGCCGCUGGCCUGCGCUCAGUGACGGACGGCGAGUACCGCCGCGCCUGGUUCCAUGUCGACUUCUGCGUCCACCUCGACGGCGUGGAGCGCGCAGGCAAUGUGUCGUCCACCAACAUCACCACCCACGGCAUGACGCCGCCGCGCCUGGUCGUCGUCGGCAAGCUGGGCCAUUCCAAGCCCGUACAGGUCGACGACUUCAAGUACCUGGAGAAGCAAAUAGCCGCCGCCGGCGCCACCGGCACGGUCACGGCCAAGGUCUGCAUUCCAAGCCCGACAAUGGUUCAUUUUAGGGGCGGCCGAGACUCCAUCGACAAGGACGCGUAUCCCACGCUGGACCCCUUCUUCGAGGACCUCAAGCGCGUGUACCAGGAAGAGAUCGCCGACCUGUAUGCUGCGGGUUGCCGUUUCGUGCAACUGGACGAUACCAACCUGGCAUAUCUGUGCGACGAGGGCAUGCGCAAGGAAGCCGAGAAACGCCAUGGCGAUCCGUCCCACCUGGCCGAGCAGUACGCCAAUCUAAUCAACGGUGCCAUUUCCAAGCGGCCCCGCGACAUGACUAUCGGCAUCCAUCUCUGCAGGGGCAACUAUCGGUCACAAUGGUUCGCUCAGGGUGGAUAUGAGCCGGUCGCCGAGGUGCUCUUCAAGAAAUUAGACGUAGAUGUGUACUUUCUCGAGUACGACGAUGCGCGCUCGGGUGACUUCUCACCACUGCGGCACCUGCCCGAGAACAAGAUCGUGGUCCUCGGCGUCAUGUCGAGUAAGAUUGCCACCCUAGACGACAAAGAAGAUAUCGUCCGCAGAGUAAAAGAGGCUGCAACGUAUUGCCCCCGUGGCCUGGACCAGCUGUGCCUUUCGCAUCAAUGCGGGUUCAGCUCGACGAUGGAGGGCAACGAUUUGACCAAGGAGGAGCAGUGGGCAAAGGUUCGUUCAGAGGUCGAUAUCGCAAAGUCCAUAUGGGGCGAUGACCUAUCUAAGUAG